AAACCGAGGCUUCUUGCGAGCUCUUCCAGACCCAAGAAGAUCAUGCUGCACUUCUUAAAGAGUUUGAAAGUUUCAAGGCUAGUUCUAAAGCCAAAGAAGAUUUAUCCUACAACGAUGGGAGGACAAGGAAGAGGACGAGGAAGAGGAAGAGCUUGCCUAACAAGUUAGCCAGAUUGAAAAGAUAA